AUGGACGUCAAGACUUUUUCUCUAGGAGACUUUGAGCUUCAGAAUGGCAAGGUUUUGCCAAAUGCGGUGAUUGCGUACAAGACUUUUGGGGAGGCUGAACUUCCUGCUGUUCUCUAUCCUUCUUGGUUCUCGGGUGCGAUAUCCGAUAAUGAGUGGCUUAUUGGGAAAGACAAGACUCUUGAUCCGGAGAGGUACUACAUUAUUGUAACGGCUCUUUUUGGGAAUGGACAGUCUACGAGUCCGUCAAACUCGGAUAUCAGUCCGUUCCCUGAUGUUUCUUUCUACGACAAUGUCAGAGCUCAGCAUCAACUGAUGGGCCAUCUUGGGGUGAAGCAUCUACGGGCUGUUCUGGGAUGGUCGAUGGGUGCGGCGCAGACAUUUCAAUGGGCUACGCAAUAUCCUGAAUUUAUGGACAUUUGUGUUCCAUUCUGCGGAUCAGCCAAGACGUCUCUUCACAACCAAGUCUUUCUCGAGGGUGUCAAGUCAGCGCUCCUCGCAGCAAAGGGAUGCACGUCUGCAGGAAGUAUCCAAGGACGUGUUGAAACAACAGACGGGACAUGGACUGAGAAGGAGAAAGAAGUCGGUUUGAAAGCUUUUGGGAGAGGAUAUGCAGGCUGGGGUUUCUCUCAGGCCUUCUACCGACAUGAAUUGUUCAAGAAGCAUUACGGUGCUGCUGAUCUUGAAGAGUUUAUGAAGAAUUUCUGGGAGAAGUGGGCUCUUAGUAAAGACCCUGAGAAUCUGCUUGUUAUGCUUCAGACGUGGCAGGCGGGAGAUGUGAGUAAGCAGGAGCCGUAUGGUGGGGAUUUUGAGAAGGCGAUGAAGGGGAUCAAGGCGAGGAUCUUGGUUCUUCCUAGUAAGACGGAUCUCUACUUUCCGCCGGAGGAUUCCGAGUAUGAAGUCAAGUGUAUGGGGGAUAAUGCGAGCUUAGAUGUUUACCCUUCUAUUUGGGGGCAUUGGGCUGGUGGACCACCUGGAAAUAUGGAGGAUGUGAAAUGGUUGGAUGAGAGAUUGAGAAAGGUCUUUGAUGAGGCUCCUCGUAGAGAUGCCAGUUGAGCGUUAUAGCAGUCAAUUGCAGUUUUAUUGUUUACCAUCUAGUCAGCUUCAUUCAAUUACACUACAAUCCGGC